GACGCCCGUCUCACAUUGCAUCGUUCCUCAUCGGCCCGCUCCUGAGGACUAGAACCAUAUAUAUAAGAGCGCCCUCGCGCCGCCACCAAACCCUAGCGCCGCACCUCCAGUUCGCUCCUCCCCUCGUCUCCUCGCAGUCAGGGCCCGGCGAAGGGAAGGAAGAUGUACACCGCGAGGAAGAAGAUCCAGAAGGAGAAGGGCCUCGAGCCCUCCGAGUUCGAGGACUCCGUCGCCCAGGCUUUCUUUGAUCUGGAGAACGGCAACCAGGAGCUCAAGAGCGAUCUGAAGGACCUGUACAUCAACAAUGCAGUCCAGAUGGAUGUUGCCGGGAAUAGGAAGGCUGUGGUGAUCCACGUACCCUACCGCCUGCGCAAGGCUUUCAGGAAGAUCCACGUCAGGCUCGUCAGGGAGCUGGAGAAGAAGUUCAGUGGCAAGGAUGUUGUAGUUAUUGCGACAAGAAGGAUCGUGAGGCCACCCAAGAAGGGUUCAGCUGUUCAGCGUCCUCGCACCAGGACUUUGACUGCUGUUCAUGAUGGAAUCUUGGAGGAUGUUGUCUACCCAGCUGAGAUUGUGGGGAAGCGUGUCAGAUACCGUUUGGAUGGUGCCAAGGUUAUCAAGAUCUUCUUGGACCCGAAGGAGAGGAACAACACCGAAUACAAGCUGGAGACCUUCACUGCCGUCUACCGCAGGCUCUGUGGAAAAGAUGUGGUCUUUGAGUACCCUGUGACUGAAAAUGCAUGAAGCCUUGGAUAUCUCCAUUUCAUUUCUUUGAAUCCGAAUGCUUUCAUAGAGGUGUCAACUAGUUUGCUCCGUAUGUACUUCAGAAAUCAUAGAUUUGAUGCCAAAAGUGUUGCGUAGGUAUUUGUUACUGGGUGGAAUUGUCUGUGGACUUGAACAAUGUUAAGUUUUGAGCAUUUAAAUUAUAGAACCUUUGUCCGGUUAA